GCCGACGGGGUUACCCGCGAUCGCCCCGCCGCUCCCCCGGCGGGUUGUUGACGCGUUGCCUGGCGACGGCCGCGCGGCCGGGGGAGCGCGCGCGCCGGCAGGUGCCCAACCGAGCCCGAGAGGGACCCGCAGGGCCCGAGGCGGAGGGGAGACAGCGGAGGGGAGACAGCGGCGGGCGGGCGGGCGGGGGCGAGGACGCCCCGGGGGACAAGGACAUCAGUCCGUUAUUUGCAUCUGGUCCGUCGUGGGCGCCGGUGGGGAGAUGGUAAUGGAGGAGGGGCGUCCGGGUCCCUCAAAACCCGCCGGUGACAGGCGGCCCCAGCGGCGGGAGAAGAAGGACCAGCAGCAGGACAAGCAGCAGGCCUGUGAGGGUUUCAGUAUUAAAGCCAUGAUGAAAAACAGCGUGGUAAGAGGGCCCCCGCCUGCAGGAUCAGUAAAACAAAGACCAGCAAAACACACAGCUUUUCGCAAGUUUUAUGAAAGAGGAGACUUUCCAAUUGCUGUUCAGCAUGAGUGUGCAGGAAACAAAAUCGCCUGGAAGGUAGAAAUUGAAAAUCUGGACUAUCAUUACUUUCUGCCUUUGUUCUUUGAUGGGCUUUGUGAAACAGAAUUUCCAUAUGAAUUUUUUGCUCGCCAAGGAGUCCAUGACCUGCUGGAGCAUGGUGGAAGCAAGAUCCUUCCUGUUGUUCCUCAGCUCAUUAUCCCAAUAAAAAAUGCACUGAACCUUCGUAACCGCCAGGUCCUCUGCACCACACUGAAAGUCAUCCAGCACCUGGUGGUGUCAGCUGAAAUGGUGGGGGAGGCCUUGGUGCCCUAUUAUCGGCAAAUUCUCCCAGUCCUAAGCAUCUUUAAGCACAUGGAUGUUAAUUUAGGUGAUGGGAUAGAAUACAGCCAGCAGAAGCGUGAAAAUAUUGGAGUUCUCAUCCAAGAGACACUGCAACUCUUUGAACGCUACGGAGGAGAAAAUGCUUAUAUAAACAUUAAAUACAUGAUUCCCACUUAUUGGUCGUGCAUGUAAACUGAGUUAUAUUAAAUGGGAUGAUUCCAUCUGUGCUCUAAAAAACUGUAUCUGACUCUGUAUGGCAUCUUGUUAGUCAUGCUUUAUCUUCUCUACAGCUGCUAAAAUAGUGGCUUCUGGGGCAUUGGAGUGUUAGCACUAUUGUGAGCAAGGCUUUCCAAUACA